GCUGGAACUAGAGCAAAUAUGUCUAAUCUUCGACCAAGAUCAACCACAGUACUACCCAAGAAGCAACCUUCAUCAUCCAUAGCUGACAAACCCGCGGCUCCAACCACCUCCGAUGCCAUUCCCGACGGCACAGCGAAAGACCCUAAUCUUCGACGCCAACGAUCUUUCUCACAGCGUGCAAUCUCCCAAACCCUAGAAGGCACAGCCAACCUAGCCAAGCGCUUGCCAUCGGGCACCCUCUUAGCAUUCCAACUUCUCAUCCCCGUCUUCACCCAGAACGGUGCGUGUGACUCCGCCACUCGCCCCAUCACCUUCAUCCUCCUUGUCCUCCUCGCCGUCUCCUGCUUCCUCGCAUGCUUCACCGACACUGUCAAGGCCUCGGACGGACAGGUCUACCGUGGCCUCGCCACCUUCAAAGGAAUUUGGCUGUUUGACAUUAAUCCAGACGACUCUUCAAAUUCAGGCUUAUUCCCGGAUUUGACCAAGUAUAAAAUAGGAUUCAUUGAUUGGGUUCAUGCAGCGUUGUCAAUGCUAGUGUUUGGAGCUGUAGCUUUGAGAGAUAAGAAUGUGUUGAGGUGCUUUUAUCCAACGCCAGGACAUGAGACCCAGGAGGUUCUGGACAUUGUUCCUGUGGGUGUUGGGCUCAUUUGCAGCCUGUUGUUUAUGGUCUUCCCCACCACAAGGCAUGGCAUUGGCUACCCCAGUGUCAUGCCAGCUGGAAAAUAACUCUUCUUCUUCUUCUUCUUCGUAUUUUUAACUUAAACAUUAAUUUCUUUG